UAUAAAUCUAGUUUUUAUGAGUUUUGAACCAUAUUAAGAAACAAAAAAGAAUGUCAAAGUUGCACCAAUAAAAAUAGUGUAAAAUAAAAAUGAGUAGAAUACCUGUUAAAAUCAGAUACCAACUUAUCCUUAACUUAAUUUAUAAUUCCCAUUUAAUAACAGAUGUACAAAUUAUAAACAAUAUACUCCAUCAGUUAUGAUUCCAUUAAGCUUUUUAUAAUAACUUAUUUAAUAAGCUUAAUCAAAUAAGAUAUUGAAUCAAUUGAUAGAACCAAAAAUACAUAUUGUAAAAUAAGAAUAAUCAGAAGCUGUAAAUAACCUCAUUACUUAAAUAUAAUAUUAAAAAUUAGAAAAUAUAAAACAGCAAGAUGGUAAUGCCUAUGCUUAUAAUUAGAAGAUACACAAAUUAAAAUGUAUUUGAUAAAAAGUUAAAUGAAAUUUAUAUUUCAAGAUUUUGUAUCGAAUGAAAGAGUGCAACUUUACUUUGCUGACAAUCAAAAUUUAUUACCUCAUUUCUGGGAAUGGAUUAAAUCGAUAGAAUUUAAAGGUUUAGAAGAAAUGCUAAUUUUAUGUUACACAAAUCCCUCGAAUAAUAAGAAAAUUUAGGAUAUAUUUAAAUAACUAUUUCAAAUAUUAUCAAUUGAGUUUUAUUAAAACCACGCUUAUGCUUAAGUUCUGAGAUCCGAUCUCUAAGAUAAAAUUAGAUAUUUAUCAGUUAUUGGAGAUAUUUUAAAUAAAAUUGUUAAGCCUUAGGAUUAUUUCUAUUUUAAUAAUGCAUGA